AGUUUGACAAUUUCUAUUUCUUUUUAAUUACACAAAAACACGUGAAAUUGCCUCUAUUUUGUAUUUUAAAAAUUUUUGCAUAUUUUGUGUAAAAAUUAUUUAAAAUGCGGAUAGAAACUUGUUAUUUUUGCUCCAGCAAAAUAUAUCCUGGUCAUGGGAUUCAAUUUGUAAGGAAUGAUUGUAAGAUUUUCAAAUUUUGCAGAAGCAAAUGUCACAGAGCAUUUAAAAAGAAGAAGAAUCCACGUAAGGUUCGAUGGACUAAAGCGUUUCGUAAAGCAGCUGGCAAAGAACUUUCAAUUGACCCUAGUUUUGAGUUCGAAAAACGUCGUAAUAUACCAAUAAAAUAUAAUCGAGAAUUAUGGCUUAAAACACUUGAUGCUAUGAAACGUGUAACUGAAAUUAAAGAAAAACGACAAGCUCAUUUUGUAAUGCAAAGACUUCGCAAGGGUCGUGACGUUGAAAUUGAAAUGGAUGUUAAAGAUGUUCAAAGAAAUAUUGCAUUAAUUAGAUCUCCAGCAGCUGGUCUUAAAGAACGUAGAGCUAAAGAAGCUGAAGAGGAAGCUGCACUAAUGGAACAAGAAGAAGAAGAAAUUACUUAUGUUGAUGCUAGGGAAUUGGAAAGGAAAUUGGAAGAAAGCGCUACGGAAGGCGAUAUGGAAAUGAUGGCUGAAUCUUAAUAGAAGAAUUUUUAUAAUUAAAAUAUAUAUUUUUAAAUUUUGUAUGUGUAUAAUUUUAAUAUAAUGAACAUUAUAGAUAUCCUAAAAA